AUGACUUCCGCCGAUGUGCGCGAGAUCGUGUCCUCUCUCGUCCCCCCAGGCUCUACACCGGUACCGCGCAAAGCUGUAGCCCCAUCUGCAACACGGAAGCCAGAGGGAAUAUCGCGCGAGCUAUACAACCUUAUUGGGAAUGCUGCGCCGACACUGGUCGCGCAAGUCAGUAGACCAAAGUUCAAGGCAAGACCUGACUUGGGGAGGGCAAGGGUCAAGUGGGAAUUUCGCGAGUUCGAUAACCCAGCGAGGAAGGAUCAUCUGAAGCUACAUCAUUGGCAAAGAGCAACCGAUACUGGUAACUAUCGCUUUGCGCGAUAUAAUAUUGACUCGGCUCCCAUAUCAUAUAUCGACGAAGAAUAUGAGGCCGUAUAUGGAACUAUCCCUGCGGAGAUCGACAUCUCCCUCCUGGCAUCGACAUCGAAGGAAGACACGCCUUGGACGAAAGAGGAUACAGACUACCUAUUUCGGCUUGUCAGAGAGUACGAUCAGCGGUUCAUCGUAAUUAUCGAUCGGUGGGCGCCGCCUAGUGGGAUCGAUAGGCCAAUCGAGGAGCUAAAGUCACGAUACUAUGGAGUCGCUCGAUCGAUUCUCGAGCGUCGACUACCGGAGGAUGAUCCCAACAAGGCGCAGACGCUGGCAGGAUUUAACUUCGACAAACAACAAGAACGAAAAAGGCGAGAUUACGUUGUUGCACUGUUCAAUCGAGAACCUGAAGCGAUCGAGGAAGAGGAAGCGUUGUAUAUCGAGGUGAAACGGCUCGAACAGAACGAACGACGAUUCACGAAAGAUCGGGAAGAUCUCCUACGCAUGCUGGCCGGUGUAGAAAGUGGGCUAGGAACGCUCAAGGUUGGGGAUGAGGACACGAAAAAGAAGAAGAAGAAUGGAGAGACGUCCGCUGACAGCCCUGCCACGCCAGGAGGUGGUUCAACGAAGAAGUCGAAGGCAGAGGCAAAAUAUGUUCCUGCAGACGAUCCUACAAACUGUAUCGUCCGGUAUGAUCCAGCAACCGUCAGCGUCGGCUCGAAAAGCGGCGUGCCAUCGAUAUUCAUGCGUUCAUCCCGUAUUCCUGUUCCCAAACCAUCCGUGGCCACACAUGUCACACAGUUGUUGGCCGAACUCCAAAUCUCACCCAACACACUGGUCAUGCCGACAAAGGUGAACGUGGAAAAGCUGGAAAGCCUGCUGAACACUGCUGGGAUCCUGAUCGAGAUGAAGCGGAGCGUAGAUCGAUUAGAUCAGGAAAUAAGAGUGCUCAAGGCACGACACAAGGGCGAGAACGUGGAAGAGGUCGAGAUGGAGCAUGGGGAGGACAAGGGCAAAGCAGUGGCCUCGAGAAAACGCUCCAUGUCAAUCAUAUCGAACGCUGCGAAUAAGCGACAACGUGUAUAG